GUCCGCCAUUUUGCAGAGCUUUUGCAGGACUGCUGCUUCCAUUUGUGCAGCAGCGGCGAAAAAAAAAAAAUCAUCUUCACGGCGGUACAUUAUUUUCCAACGCAGUAUUGAUAUUUCCAACGCAAAGCGAUGGCAAACCCCCCGGCAGAUGUUGAGGUUCCAGAGGCCGUGGAAGUCCGUAAACUUUCUGAACUGAGAGUAAUCGAUCUGAAGGCCGAGCUGAAGAAGCGAAACCUGGACACAGCCGGAGUGAAGAGCGUGCUGCUGGAGCGGCUCAAAAAGGCUAUCGAGGACGAAGGUGGAAAUCCAGACGAGAUUGUUGUCGCAUCGGAGACCCCGAAAAAAACCAGCGCUGCUCCCAAACGAGCCAGCAAAGAAACCAGGCAAGAGACUGAUGAAACAGAAGAUGGUGCUAUGGAGGAGGAUUCCCGUGAUGGACCAGAGGACCUUCUAGAUGAUCAAGAGAACAUGCAGGACAUGGACAUCCUUGACAUGAAUGUUCUGGAUGAGACUGAGAACGAGAGUGGACUACCAGUUGAAGAUCCUCUGGGGGAUUCAGAGAAUUUCGGCGGAGAGGAAGAUGCAGCAUUGGAUGAAGAACAAGACUUCAAGACUUUGGUGUCAGAAGACGAAGGAAGAAUCCUUGAGUUGGACCAAUGUGAUAUGUUGGAUCAGGAUGAAGAUGUGAAAUAUUCCUCGACUAGUAUGGACCCGGAUGCAGAGCAAACAGAAAAUGACAAAGUAGCCGGGUCUUGUUUAUCUGAGCCGCUUAACGAAGAUCGCCACGAGACGAGUCCCGAAGAAGAGCAAGCUGCCACCGCCGGAGGGGAAGAAAGUCUGUCCAACACUGGUGCCAAGUCUGACAGCGGUACCCCGGGAGAUGCGGAGACCACCACCACCACCAAAGAGGCCGGGGACGAACAGAAUGUCCCCGAAGAGACUUUUGAUGGUGAAAACGAAAGCUUGCAGGCUGUUAGUGUAAGCGAGCAGGGCGGCAUGGGUGAAACUGUUGAUUCAGAAAUGGGGUCUAAGAAGGGUGAGGAGGAUGAGAAGACAGAAGAGAACGCUGCUGCGGAUUCAGCCUCGACACUGAAAGAGUCCUCUGUAGAGGGCGAUGAUCAGAAAAAGAGCUCUGAGGAAAAAGAUGACAAGACGGAGGCAAAAGAUGAAAAGACCGCUGGAAGUGGUGCUGCAGCAGCGAGCAGUAGCAGGAACCUGUGGGUCAGCGGUCUGUCUUCAACCACCAGAGCGACUGAUCUGAAAACUCUGUUCAGCAAAUAUGGCAAAGUUGUUGGAGCGAAGGUGGUGACCAACGCCAAGAGCCCCGGGGCUCGCUGCUAUGGCUUCGUCACCAUGUCGUCCUCGGAGGAGGCCACCAAAUGCAUCAGCCAUCUUCACAGGACCGAGCUGCAUGGAAAGAUGAUCUCUGUAGAGCGGGCUAAAAAUGAGCCUGCAGGGAAAAAGCCAGCAGACAAAUCUGGAGGCGAGAGGAGGCACUCUACUGAAUCCAAGUCUGAUGGAAAGGAUGAAAAAUCUGAGGGAGACGGAAAAGGAAAAAAUGAGAGGACUGUAGUUAUGGACAAGUCCAAGGGAGAGCCUGUUAUCAGCGUCAAAACGAAAAGCAAAAGCAGAGACCGGAGCACCAAGAGUCGGGACCGAACAUCAACCAGUAAGGAGAGAAAAGACAUCCUGACAUUCGACCAGAUCAAGGAGCAGAGGGAGCGAGAGAGGCAGAGACAACGCGAGAGGGAGAUCAGAGAGGUGGAGAGACGCAGAUACACUGACCGUGACAACCGCCCGGACCGAGAGCGUGAGCGAAUCCGUCUAUUCCGUGAACGAGAGGAAAGGAAGCACUUGAUGCGGAAGAGACACUUUCUGGAGGCUGAGAAGGAGCGUCUCGAAGCAGACCGCAUGGAGCGCCACUUCCUGGAACGUGAGAGGAUGCGUAUAGAGUACGAGAGACGGCGCGAGCAGGAGAGGAUCCUCAGGGAGCGUGACGAGCUGAGGCGGCAGCAGGACCAGUUGCGCUACGAACAAGACCGACGCCCAGUUAAAAGACCUUAUGACAUGGACGGCAGGAAAGAUGAUUGGCCCGAUAAGCGCAUGAACCUGGACGACCGUUACAGCCGUUCAGACUUCGGUCGCCAAGAUCGCUAUCAGGAUUUUGAUCACAGAGAGCGGGGCCGUUUCCAGGACAACGUCGGGUUGGAUAGGCGGGAUAAUACCCGUGUUGGUGCUGACAGAGAUGGACAGCACUUUUCAGACAGACAUGGCCGAGAGGGCAGGGACUCCUGGGGGGGCGGCUAUGACAAGCGCAUCAACCCCAGGGAGGGAAGUCGUGAUUGGGACUCUGGUCGGAAGAUGGAUGGAGACAGGCCAUGGCAAGGCAGAGAUGGUGCUAUCCCAGGCCAGAGCCAUAUGGCACGAGGUGGAAUGGCAGGGUGAUCGUGGAGGCUACAUGAACACAGGGACAUCCCAGUCUCUCUCUGGAGCUCUUAACAGACAGAACCAGCUGAUGCAGGGCAGCGGGCUGCAGGGGGGAGCGUUCGGUCGACGUUACUGAUUAGCCUGAAGACGAGUUCUUGAGACUUUCUUGAUAGAAACAGUUUGUGGUCAUUUUUUUUUUUUUUUUUUGUACAUCUUUUUGACAUGUUCUUUUUUUUGCCAUGAUUCCUUUCCAUUUUUGAUGGAAAUUACUUUUCUCUUUGUAGUGAUCUCCUGCUCUGUUUAUUAUUUGGUCCUGCUUACUUUGUGUGUGAGUGAGUGAGUGUGUGUUUGUGUGUGUGUGUGUGUGUGUACAAGUCAGCAGUCCGUGAGUCAGCCCGCCUGUCUGAGCGUCGUCCGAGUUGUAAUAAAUUCAGAUGUUUAUUGAACACCUGGGUUUAUGGACCCCGCUUCACCACCAGUCUCCUUUCUUUGCCGGAGUCUGUCAGAAAUGUAGAUUUCUCAUCAGAUGAGCAUUUACUGCUUUUAUACUGUCUGGACUCUUUACUGUUCAACACACUGUUCUUUCUUUUUUGUUCUAAAUGAGAGUUUUUAAAUUAAACGUAACAUUUUAAGCUUCCAUGCUUAGAUCUUUUUUAUUUUCAAGAAAGAUUUGUGAUAAAUUCUGAAAUAUAAUGUAUGGUAAGUGAAAUGUCUUUUUUUUUUUCUUUUUCUUUUUUUUUAGUUUUGUGCACAGAUGUUUUGAUUGAUGUUCUUCAGUUUGGUUAUUAUUAAUACCAUGGUCAGCUCUGAACACCUGGUCUCUUGUAAAAUUCAAAGGUUGGAAUUACAAUAAAAGAUUUUUCAUCACUUUG